AUGUAUUCGGACAAUGCCCAAACAUUAAGAUGCGUCUCGAAACAUUUAAAAGUCUUAAGAUCCGACCCAGCGAUCCACGACCUUCUGGCAAUGCGGAAAACCGAAUGGAUUUUCUCGGCCAGCCUGGCCCCGUGGUGGGGAGGGUUCUGGGAGCGCAUGGUGCGGACGAUGAAGGAUUUGUUGAGGCGCUCCAAUGGUCGUGCAUGUUUGGAAUACGACGAGCUAGAGGUUAGUCUCAUUGAAACCGAGAGCGUGGUGAAUGCACGGCCACUCACCUACGUGGCAGAAGGGAGCAACGACCCGCUCCCCAUCACCCCGAAACAGUUUCUCAACAAUAGGUGUUCGAACUGCACUCCGCCGGAGCCAGCCGAAAACCUCAUAGCUCCCGACGCAACCAAUUUGAAACUGCUGGAAAUGGAUCGUCAACGUAGGGAGUAUGUCAGCGAUAUCUGUGAACGAUUUGUGACGGACUACUUUCUCCAAAUCGACAAAUUCCACUGUAAAGGAGGAUCCGGCCGCAAGAUCAGGGUAGGAGAAGUUGUCAUCAUUCACGAUGACAACACCAAGCGCCUUAUGUGGACGAUAGGAGUAGUGAAGAAGCUAAUCACUAGCAGAGACGGGUUGAUCCGUAUGGUUAUGGUCAAGACGCCGAACGGGAACCUUAUCAACCACGCCAUUCAAUCGUUACACCCCUUAGAGCUACGUGAGGAUCAGGCGGACGACGUCAAAAUUUCACCUACGCCAGAGCUGGAAUUGCAACCAGAAGAAGCAACUCCACCCAUGGCCGCCGCAGAUCCAGUCGAGCAGGAAGAGCCGUGGACCACGGGCUCUGGUGGGGUGCCGAAACCCGGGAACGAAAUACUAGGCAUGGCUAAAUGUCUCAUGAAUCAAGAUUUUACAUACCCACCUCAUUGGAAAUUGAAAGCCUACAAAGGCCAAGGUGCACCCUGCUAUUACAACCCGCAGAGGUCCUAUCAAAUAUUAGUUCAUUUGGACAAAGAAAGUCACCCACCGAUUCCCUGGAAGCCUACAAAGGCCAAAGCUCACUCUGACACUUGA